AUGGGUCGAUCGGCAUCGGCCCUGCCCCACCACUACGUAGAAUGGUUCACGCUAGAAGCAUUGAAAUCCACGAUGAUAGAUAAUUCCGCACCCCUCGAUGAUAGCUCCCCACUUGUGGAUAGUACGUGGUCAAGCAUCAUGUCUAUUGAAGAAAAAUUGAUUGGUCGGCUGUCCCGUGCCACGCAGGCCAUCACAAUCCCACCUGCAGAUGCUCCAUUCGGCGGGUGGCUAGCUGAAUGGGCUGGACAAGACAUCCACUUAGGUGGAUACGGCCGGUUUGCUCACGGAUGCAGCCUGCACGCUUACCAUACUGGUAAAUGCAGUGUAGGUAGCUGUGGGUCGUAUGCAAGGGUGGUUGGGUGUGACGGACUCAUCUUGGAAGAGACAAUAUCCGUCGGUUCCUUCGGGUAG